AUGGCCUUCCAACAAUCUACCCGUCGCCCGUCGCAGCUGCGCGCCGUUCGCCCGGCGCAGGAGGACGAGCGUGACGCUCCCCAGGCUCAUGUCCAAGAUCCGGCUGCGACCGACGCCUCCCACUCGUGGGUGCUAUUCGAGCCCGCCGAUGAAACGACAACAGGCUCCUACCUCAGCGAAGAGGAAGACGAGUCCCUUCCUACUCCUGGUCGAUCAAGGCUCAGCGAUAUUGGUAGUCUCAACACUUUUAUUCACUCCGUGCGGGAUACCGACUCGCGGCCGUCGGGCGGCGUCCUGUCCAGCGCCAUCGACGAGGAGUCAGUCGACGAUGACCCUGAGCUCGACAGCCUCGACAGCCACCUACCCGAAUUUCGGACAGUUCCCAACCUGUAUACCCAAUCUGCCGGGGCUUCAGGACCCCACUCCGUGCCUGUUCUCCCUGCCCACGACGGCUUGGGUUCCUUCCGCCUCGACGGCCCUGAUGUUCAGGAGCAGCUCUAUGCCUUUGAGAGAUUUAACCCUAGGCACCUGCGGAGGCGGCGGGAGAGCCUCGAGCUGGCCCAGCUUGAGAUGGAGGUCGAGCAGGAGCAAGAGACACACAAGAUGCAGAGGAUCGAAUCUUGGCGUUUAGAGCAAAGCCGCAUCUUGCUCGAGGAGAUCAGCAAGGAGACCAGGCGACGCCGGCAGUCUAUGGUGUCGGCCAGGCCAGUCGUGACGCCAGAAGAGAAGAAGGCCGAGGAUAUUGCGACAUUAAGUGUGAUCGGGGACGAGGAUGACGCUGACAGCAUGGACUGGCAUUAUGAGUCGACUGACAACAAGGAUGACGAGCGAGGCCUGCUCGCGAGGAUCGCCCGCAAGGUUCUCCACGAUCUGGGCAUCGACGAGAGAAUGCUCUCCAUCCUGCUGGGAGAGGACCUUCCCACAGAUGACGACCUCUCGACAACACCCAAAGCGGAGGCGAACUUGUCCAGCACACCCACUCCGAACUCGAGUGACUCAUCCUGGCAGCUGCGGGCUCUCGACCGCGUCUCGAAGGAGCUUGGCCUACUGGUCAACCAACUGUCGCAUCACCCGGGCGCCUUUUCGACGUACACACGCAUGCAGCAGAUGCCUAUCCCAUACGCCGGGUUGCCAGUCAUACCAGAGUCGGCCGCUGAUACGCCAAUUGCUCCCGCUGUUCAAGACGUGUCCACCUCGAUGCCCGAAUUCCGACCAACAAUGGUUCAACACGCGCGCCCCAUUGAUAUUCCCGCUAGCCGGCCGCAGGCGGAUGCUCCCGUGCCUGUGACUCGAGAUGAGUCAACACCGUUGCCCGCAUCCUUCACCCAGGAGGAGUGGGAACAGGACUUGGACGUCAACCUCGUCUUCAGGUAUCUGCGAUCUCGCUUUAGCUCGCGGUCUACACCGUCGUCGGCUUUCAACACUGGUACUUCCCAUCUUGCCACCUCCAGCACGCCAGACACAGCAGCUAAGGCAGCGCGGGUGCGCCAGCAUCACCCGCUCGUCUCCCGAGCACGACCGGCAGAGCGGAGGACGUUCAAGGCGACGACGCCGUCGAGCCCGGCCGCGAUGCGGCACGCGUCUAGCUGCGCCAGCCAGAGCACACGACGAUCGGCCAGACGCAGCAGCGUAUCAUCACGCCACUAUUGGGACAUCGGAGGGUCCAUCGGGACAGGUUCAGUCAUCGCCUCGGUGGGCCCGAUGGGCAGCUGGGGCGAGGUCUAG